CCCCCUGGCGGCGCGGCCGGCGGCGGGCCCGGGCAGCUUCUUCCCGGUGCGGGCGGCGGCGGCCCGGUUCUAGACCUGCCCGUGCCCUGCCCCGGCGGGGGCCGCGAGGAACGGUUGCCCCCUCCCCGGUCUGCCCCGGUGGCUGUCGCUGUCCCGGAGAGGGCCGGGGCAGGCCCCGGUCCAGCAGCCCGGCCCCCGGGAGCCCCCGGCCUUGGCAGUGGGAGAGCGGCUGCGUCCCCGCCCGGGCGCCGCGGGAGAAGCGGCUCCGAGCGUCCCCCGGUCCCCGAGCCCCGGCACUGCGCGUUCGGCCGAGGCCGGGCCCCGGCUGCUCCGGGGCCUCGGGGUCCUCGCGGGGCCGCCCGGGUUCGGCCUGCCGGGAGCCGGUCCGGAGCGCCGCCCCGCCGCCCGCCGCCGCGUUUCCGGGGCGGGCGAGGGACUUCCUGCGGGGAGGCUGCGGCCGCUGCCGCCCCGGUUCUGCUCCCGUCCCGUCCCGUCCAGCCGCCGGGAUGAUCAACGCCAUCCUGGUGUUCAACAACCACGGCAAGCCGCGGCUCGUCCGCUUCUACCAGCACCUGGCAGAGGAGGUCCAGCAGCAGAUUAUCCGAGAGACUUUCCACCUGGUGCUGAAGCGGGAUGACCACAUCUGCAACUUCCUGGAGUGCGGCAGCCUGUUUGGUGGCUCGGACUACAAGCUGAUCUACCGCCACUAUGCCACGCUGUACUUCGUCUUCUGUGUGGACUCUUCGGAGAGUGAGCUGGGCAUCCUGGACCUCAUCCAGGUGUUUGUGGAGACACUGGACAAGUGCUUUGAGAAUGUCUGUGAGCUGGACCUCAUCUUCCACAUGGACAAGGUUCACCACAUCUUGCAGGAGGUGGUGAUAGGCGGCAUGGUGCUGGAGACCAACAUGAACGAGAUUGUGGCACAGGUGGAGGCCCAAAGCAAGCUGGAGAAGGCAGAGGGAGGCCUCUCAGCCGCUCCUUCCCGCGCGGUCUCGGCUGUGAAGAACAUCAACCUGCCAGAGAUCCCUCGCAACAUCAACAUCGGAGACAUCAACAUCAAAGUGCCCAACCUGUCACAGUUCAUGUGAGCGUCCUGUGGCAGGGAGGGCUGCCGCGGCCUGGGCUGGCUCGGGGAGAGGAGUUGGGCUAUGCUGGGUUCCCCCUGCCCCUUCUGGGUCUCUGCCCGUGUGGCACAUGGUGAGCCCGGUGUGCUGCCGGGGAGCCUGGGCUGGCUGGCAGAGGGUGGGGAGCAGUGAUGGGGCUCAGCAAGAAUGGGGUGGUGCUGUCUGCCUGUCUGUCACGUUGGACCUGGGCUCAGUUCUGCUCUCUGGUCUCCCAACAACAAGGGUGGCCUUCUUUCCCCUCCCUGUGGAUGGGCAGCCUCUCUCCUCGCUGUGGGGGGAAGAGCCAGGUCCUGUCUCUCCCAGCAUUUCUUGGGAUUCCCAGUUGUAAAAAUCUACCUGUAGCUGAUGGCUCCCGCAGGAGCUCUAGGUUGUCAUCUCCUCCAUCCUCCCUGGGCUGGGCUGUCCCCUGCCUAGCAUCCCCACACCCACCCUGGUCCGGCUUGCUGGACCUGGCACCGCAGGCUGGGAUUGGUACCAGCCUGGUUGGGGUUGCUCAUUGGAGCUGCUGUGAGCUCUGGAGCUGGGGCCGGCAUGGGUGGUACCUGCUGGACCAGGAGACGCUGGCAGUGAGAGGGAAGGGAGCUGCCUCUGCCUGGGCUGGUGGCUGGGUCGGGGCCAGGCCAGUCUGGGGCCUCCUGGAGCAUGUCCGUGUGUCCUAAUAAAUCACCAUGUGAACUUG